GCCAUGCUAUCACGUGCACGGGGUUUAUCAGUGGUCUCAACGGAGGUGAAGCUGAAGACGAAUGUGCAGUUCACUGUGUGGUGUUGCGUUGUCGGCCAGAGAGAAAUCCCUUGGGUGGUUGAAAUUUGGUGACGGUGAAUCUCAAGGUUGCUAUGGCAGUUUGAGCUUAUUGUCAGUUCAGGGCCAGAUCACACAACCUUGCGUCGUGCAGUGUUCAUGCUUGCGACUGCUGCCUGCGGAUGCUACUUGCUGCUUGCUGCUCGUGGAAGAUAUACGAUACGACAUAAGGCCUUGAGUUUCUUCGGCACGACUUGGACAUUAAAAUGGGUUCCACGUCCAGUUUCGCAAAGACGAUGAUCAUCCCGGCGGUGAUCUCACUGACCCUCUACCUUCUUUUCUCCUUCGUGAUCAUCCCCUUCUUCCGCCGCUAUCAUCAACGCUACGCUCAGUAUCUACCACUCCACACGAUUUCCGCUCAUACAUUAAGCCUUCGAGAUCGGAUCGCUGACGCCAUCAUGCGCCGGUGCUUACCUUCAUCGUGGCAACGGCAGCAUCUGGACGACCAGAACGACAAUAUCAGUAUAUAUGAUGAAGAGGGCGAGAUCAUGGUUGGAAUGGAUAUGGAUGCUGAGCGAAGAGGCGCACUCGAACGGCAACGCAACUCGGUCGCCGACUCUGGGAGACGACUCAGUCGGGAGCUCGAGGCCGGGUUCAUGGAUGAUAGCGAUGACGAGGAAGAGGAGCAUCGGUCGCAUCCGCAGUCCCGCCGCUAGUGCAUUAAUUCUAAGUCUUCUAUACCUAUAGAUCUUCCUUUUAUGUUGUUGCAAGCUCGAACGUGCGACUGAGAGUGCCUACCAGUAACUAGUGGAACAAGUGCGUGGAACUACAGUCUCCACUUAAUGAUUCGCAG